AUGGCUGUCUUAGGAGAAUGGCCAAGGAAAGCCAUUAGGACGGGGCUAAAAUUAAAUACCACAAUGCCUCGCAAAUCUAAUAAGCAGAGAAAUCCUAGGCCUUCUGCCACAGAAAAUGGUGAUGAUAAUGCAAAUGCCCCUGCUCCACCGUCAUCUACCAUUGAAGAAGCCGUCAAAACAAAUGAGGCUGAAUUGCUCAAACAGCUUACGAAUGUCAUGCUUACCUCUCCUCGUAAUCUUCCUGGUUUAUCUGCAUCCAAGUCAUCAAAGAAAUCGAAAGAGGACUACAAGUUCUGGAAGACCCAGCCUGUCCCAGAUAUUGAUGAGGAAAUAACAGAGAAUGAACCUGUGGAGCCCGACAUUCCGGUGUCUCAGAUCAGAACGGAGAGUUACAGCCUCCCCGCCGAAUUCGUGUGGUGUGAUCUUGAUCUCAACAACUCUAAGGAGCUAGACGAACUGUUCACUCUCUUGAAUGAGAACUAUGUGGAGGAUGAUGAUCACAUUUUCCGGUUUUCAUACGCUCGUGAUUUCCUCAAAUGGACAAUGCAACCCCCAGGUUGGCGUCCAGAGUGGCAUGUGAGUGUCAGAGUUGCAAAGAAUAAAAAACUCGUCGGUUUCAUUGCCGGCAUGCCCUGUGAUAUACGUGUGUACAAUAAGACGAAGAAGAUGGUGGAAAUCAACUUUUUGUGUGUACACAAGCGCCUUCGAGACAAACGCAUGGCUCCAGUGCUGAUUCGCGAGAUAACACGACGUGUCAAUCUCCACGCUAUCUAUCAGGCCGUCUACACCAGCGGAGUUGUGCUUCCGCGACCUGUCGCUACUUGUAGGUACUGGCAUCGUCCGCUGAACCCACGGAAACUUGUGGACGUCGGCUUUUCCCACCUUACACGAACUAUGACCCUCCAUCGUGCCAUGAAACUCUAUCGUCUGCCCGACACCACGAGUCUACCCGGUUUUCGUCUCCUCGAGUCUCGUGAUCUGCCCGCUUGUCGUCAACUCCUCGCCACCUACUUGGAAUCUCGCUCACGCCUCCAUCCUGUCUUCUCGGAGGAAGAGUUCGCCCAUUGGUUCUUGCCCCGUGACGACGUCGUGCAUGCCUACGUGGUAGAGCGGGCUUCCGAUGGCGCCAUAACCGACAUGGUCUCCUUCUACUCUCUGCCCAGCUCGGUGAUGCAGCACCCAAGAUACAACCUUCUGCGUGCUGUCUACUCCUUCUAUAACGUAUCCACCGAAACUCCGUGGACGGUGCUCAUGAAGGAGGCUCUGAUUGUUGCCAAACAGCUCGGCUAUGACGUAUUCAAUGCUUUGGAUUUGCUGGACAAUGCAAGUUUCUUUGAAGACCUCAAAUUUGGCAUUGGAGACGGCAAUUUGCACUACUAUCUCUACAACUGGCGCUGUCCGGUACUCAAGCCUGAGGAGGUUCUACCUCAAGUGCUGAAAUGUGGGUACCGGGACGAGAGAGGAGUUGAAAGUCCUCCACGAUUGGAACCUGGCUCCAUCGUUAUGCUGCACCUGUGUCAGGAUGUAUCAGUGUCAAAAUCGAAGACGGCGGUGUCGCAAGGCCGAAGCGGCGCGUGGUUCUUCACUGAUAUGGCGAAUGGUCUUCGUGAAGGUGACGUAUCUACCUCUAAGUUAGCCACCACUAGAGCCUUGCCGCCGAGGCCACGUGUGCACGCUCCUCAAAUGUCUCUUGAUUGCGUCCACUUCGCGCCACCCAAGGAUAUUAAUGUGGAGCUGGUCCACAAUAGUGAUUUCCUCCUGGUUCAAUUGCAUUUUCCGGGCAUUGGGAAUUCGCCAUCAUCACUAACUCCACAAAAUGCGCGUGGAAAAAGUCGUCUGUUUUCCUGUUUCAUUUCGUCCAAAAGUCACGUUCCCACUCACGAAUCCACAUGGAUGAAGUUGGUCGACGAGAAGACGCCUUCAACAGUCAUGCGUUCUGGUGAAUGGGUUCCCAUACAGCCGGGAAUGAAACAUGUCAACGGUGAGAUGUGGCUUCGAAUAUUCAGGCGACGAGUUAGUAUAAUGAUGAUUCCUCCGAAACAGGAAAAGGAUGUGAUGCGGGUAGACCCAAAGACCUCUGUUCUACAAGGUCCUCCGGUCACCCGUUAUUACUAUUGGGAUUCAGGUCAGCUGAACAGAGCUUUAAACCCUCGCAGGAGCGAAAUCCUUGUUAAGCAUGACCACGUCUUCCUUCGUCUGGCGUGUAGUGGAGAGUUGUGGACAGAGGAGGAUGUAAAGGGGCUUCAGAAAGUCUUCCAAAACGAGGAGGCAGAAAUGGGCUCGAAAGUAGCUUCUAAUGUUCAAGUAAAGCAUGAAUCAAAUUCUGAAGACACCCCUUUUUUGGCAACUUCCAAUCAGGAAUGCAAUCGAAAAUAUUGUCUAGGGGGUGAUGUAAAUCCUUGUAAAAAUAACGCAGCCUUCGUAUCACUGACUGCUGAAGAAAGGCAGGCGGAAGGGGAAGAAGGGAGGAUGGAAUCAGAGAGUAAAAUCGACAGGGAGGAAAAAGACCUUAUACCGAAGUUGACGGAAAAUAAUAAAGUUACCAGUGAACGCUCGUCGUUUAUAGAUACCGAAACUCAUCCAUUGGAACGACCUGAUUUAAAUGACGUAGUUCAAAAUGGGACUUCGGGGGAGACAGUCUCACUUAAGACCGAUAUGGAUGGAGAUUCUCAAGAGGUACAGCACUCCGACACAUUGGUGGAAGAAAAGGCUGUGGACGAGAGUGAGGGGAGUAAACAAAAGGCAGAGAAUCCUAGGAGCAUCGAGAGAGCAACUAGUUGCACGGAUCUCCGCAAGGUAGUGGAUGCUGCCACUGCCACCACUACGGAAAGGGGAAUAAAGUGUGGUGGUGUCGGUAGUGAUGGUGAACGCUGCCACUACUGUGUGGGUGUGCGAGACCAAGUGGGAAAGGCGGAGUUUUGUGCACUACAGGCACGUGUCGAAGCCAUGGACAAGGAGGAAUGGGGUCGAGUCCUCGAUAUUAUCAUCGGAAAAAGUAAUGGCAGGGGUAGAGGUUUCAUCCACCAGCAACCUCUCAAUCGUUGUCGUAAAGAUGUCAGCAAAGUUACCAACGAAAAGAAAUGA